CCCUAAAACAAAUCAUUCAGUAUCACUAUGAUUGAUCUCAUGCUAUGCUUUUGCUCAAUCGAUCCCUCUUUUCAGCCCUACUUUCGUCACCGUUUCAUUUGAUUUGCUUUCAUCUCAGCUUGUUUCCAUCAUUUUCUCUGUUCAAUCCUUUUUUCAAUCAUCUUCUGCUGCUACUCUCUGCACAGCAUUUUCACAACCCUUUACACAGAUCACCUCAACCUCCCACGUUUCUCGUUUCUCACCCGUUCUUUUCAUUUGAUUUGAUUUGAUUUCAUCCCAACUCGUUCCCUUCAUUGUUUGCGCGGAUCAAUCCUUCUUCCGCAACUCUCUGCACCUCAUUUUGCCUCCCUUUACUAAAAAUCAGCUUAUUUUCACUAUUCUCAUCCUUUGUUUCAUAUCCUCAUCUGAUUCAUUUGUUUCUUUUGUUCCUUGGGUCUUUAUUCUUGUUUGGCACCUAUAUAUUUUUCCAAACUCAAAAAAAAAAAAAAAAAAAAGAAAAAAAAGAAGAAAAAAAAGAGGAAAAAAUUAGAAGAUGCCCGAGCCUUGUUGUUGUGCGUUUUGUCAGAAUGCUGCUGCAAAUUUUGUUGGGAACUUGUUUGGUGUAAUUUUCACUCUUAUCUCAAAGCCAAUUAUUCUUGUGUUCAAGUGCGACAAUAAUGUUGACUCUUUGAAGAAGAAAGUUGCUGAGCUGAAGGAUAAGAGAGAGACUGCGAAGACGUUUGCUGAAACUGUUGAGAGAAGAGGGGAAGAGAUUGUACCAGAGCUCAGGAAUUGGCUGACCAGGGCCGACAAUUGCAUUGAAGCUGCAGAAGAAUUAGUAGCUCAUGCUGCAGAGAAAUUAGUAGCUGAUGCUGAUGCUGAUGCUGCAGAGAUAUUAGUAGCUGAUGCUGAUGCUGCAGAGAUAUUAGUAGCUGAUGCUGAAGGAAAUGCCGAGAAGAAGUGUUUCUUUGGGCCGUGUCUCACUACCAAAUCUCGUUACCAACUCAGCAAAAAAGCAGAGGAGAAUUCCAAGACUAUUGAUAAACUUGUGAUUCAAGCUCGUGGAUUCAACCUCCCACUUGCCCACAUUCGUGCUCCACCAAAAGAAGUGGCCGCGCCUGUCAAAGGUUUUGAGGACUUUUACUCAAGAAAGGAUGUUCUGGAGAGGAUCAUGAAGGCACUGCAGAGUCAAAGCAGCAGCAUUAUAGGGGUGCACGGGAUGCCUGGCAUGGGUAAGACGAUGCUGGCCAAAGAAAUAAAAAGAAAAGCGGAGCAAGACAAGCUGUUCGAUGUGGUAGUUAUGGCUCUUGUUUCAAGGAAUGCAGACUUGAGAAAUGUUCAAGUGGAAAUUGCCCGUGGCUUGGGUCUAGAUCUGCUUCCUUAUGGAACUAGACCACAGGAUGCUGCUGAAUGUAUUAAAGGAAGGCUGAAGGAAAUGAAGAAGGUUUUGAUCAUUCUGGAUGAUAUUUGGAGACCUGGAAUAGAUUUGGAGGAGCUUGGAAUUCCUCUGAGAAACGAGCCCAAAACGAUAGAGGGGAGCUCAUCAAGAGAAGAAUAUGCAGAAUGCAACAUUCUGCUUACUUCCAGAGAUUCUAAUGUUUUAUCCGAUCUGAUGGGUUCUCAACACAACUUUCCACUUCAUCAAUUAAAAGAUGAAGAAGCAUGGGAGUUGCUCAAAAGGAUAGUCGGUGACCGAGCAGAGAGUCAUGAUAUACAUGGCGCAGCCAUUGAGAUUGCCCGUGAAUGUGGGGGCUUGCCCCUUGCAAUUACAACAAUGGCAAAGGCUUUGAAAAAUAAGAAGCCUUACGAAUGGAUGGAUGCUGUGAGAAUACUAAAAAGGCCCACUUCAGAAAACUUUGAUGGCGUAUCUGCAAAUGUUUAUUCUGCUAUUGAGGUCAGUUACUUUCAUCUGGAAAGCAAGAAGCUCAGGAAAACAUUUUUGCUUUGUUGCCUAAUGGGUCACAAGUUUCUUAUUCAAGACUUGUUGAAGUAUGGUGUGGGCUUAGGCUUAUUUGCUAAUACCAUAGAGGAAGCACGAAAUGAAGUGCUUACUUUGAUAAGCAAGCUCAGAGCCUCUUCUUUGCUCAUUGAUGAUUCUAACAAUAACUGUUUUGACAUGCAUGACCUUAUCCAUGAUGUGGCUGUAUCAAUAACAAGUAGGGAUCGUCGUGGGUUGCUGCUAACAGGGGAUCAUUUACCAAAGGAGUGGUCAGACAUGGGGACAAGGAAAGAUUUCAAAUGGAUCUGUCUGCGAUAUUCUAAUGUUGAUGGGUUACCUGAAGAGUUAGAAAGCCUCCGUCUUACUCUCUUUCGGUUGGCUAAUAAAAAUCCUUCUCUGCAAAUUCCAGCAAAUUUUUUCAAGGGAAUGCCAAGAGUCAAGGUAUUGGAUUUGACUCACAUGCAUAUGUCAUCCCUGCCUUCAUCAAUUUGCCUCUUGCAGAAUCUCCAUACAUUAUGUUUGGAUCAAAGCGUGUUGGGGGACAUACGUAUUAUUGGAGAGCUGAAGAAUUUAGAAAUUCUUAGCCUUUUGAAAUCUGAUUUUGAAGAGCUUCCAAGGGAAAUUGGGCAGUUGACUCGGCUAAAGUUAUUAGAUUUGAGUAACUGUACUAAACUCAAAAUAAUUCCCCCAUGUGUCUUGGCAAAUAUGUCCAUAUUAGAGGAACUGUACCUGGGAAACAGCUUCCACGGAUGGGAGGUUGAGGAAAAUGAAAAUCAAAGAAAUGCGAGCCUUGCUGAGUUGAAGAAUUUAAAGAAAUUGACUAAUUUAGAGGUAUGCAUUCCUGAUAUUCAGAUGAUCCCAAAAGAUUUGUUCUCUGAAAAUUUGAAAAAAUUCAAAAUAUUCAUUGGGCAUAAGUGGGAAGGCCAGUAUAGCUCCUCUGAAAGCUCAAGAAUAUUGAAGUUGCACUUAAAUGCAUCCAAUAAUUUUAGCCACUCAGUUAAAAUGUUGUUGAAGGUGACUGAAGAGCUACAUCUAAGGGAGUUGGCAGGUGUAAAGAAUGUGGUUGAUGAGUUAAACACUGAAGGUUUUCCAGAUUUGAAGUCUCUCAAUGUCCAUAAUGCUCCAGAGGUUCAACAUAUCAUUAAAUCAGUGCAGGGGGUUCCUUUCAAUGCAUUUCCCAGCUUGGAAGAAUUAAUUCUCCAGAAUUUGAUUAAUUUGGAGAAGAUAUUUCAAGGCCGGCUCAGAGACACAGCUUUUAACAAUUUAAGAACUAUUACUAUUAAAUGUUGUCAUAAGGUUGCAUUUCCGAACCUAGAGGAGUUACAAUUAUCUUGGAUUAAUGUUAACACCAUAUGGCACGUUUCAAUAUCAUCUUCUCAUGUUGCAAAACUGAAUAAGUUGAUCAUUGAGGGCUGUGAUAAUUUGGAAUAUCUAUUCACAUCUUCUGUGGCUAGAGAUCUGGUAAUGCUUGAACACCUUACAAUAGGGGGAUGCAAGAAGAUGGGAAGGGUUCUUUUUAUAGAGAAUGUAGAAGAAAAUGGGAAUUUGAUUUUCCCUCAACUGAGGAUUCUAACGAUAAAAGGCCUUCCAAAACUAGAAAGAUUCUGCCACGGCAAUUACAUCAAAUUCCCUUGCCUUUCGCAACUUUUGAUCAUGAGCUGCCCUGUAUUAAAGACGUUCAUCUCAUCAAGCUCUAGUUUUGACACUAGUACACUUCCUCUAUUUGACGCAAAGGUGGCCUUCCCUAGUUUAGAGAAAAUAGUAAUUUACUCUAUGCAGAGCUUGAACAAGAUAUGGCAAGAUCAACUUGAUGCAGAUUCUUUUUGCCAACUAAAUUUCCUUCAUGUAAGUUCAUGCGAAAAGCUGUUGAACAUUUUCCCGUUAACCAUGUUGGAAAGGCUUUGGAAACUAAACAAGCUGGAGAUAUGGAAUUGCAAUGCGCUAGAAGAGAUAGUCGAUUCACAAGGGCUUGGUGCUAUCCAAACACAAUCUCAAAUAACCACUGAGCCAACUGUGGUAGAAACUUCCAUUAAGUUAGUCUUGCCAAAAUUGACACACCUUGAUCUUCAAUGGCUACCCAAACUGAAGGGUUUCUAUUGUCAAAUGGUUGAUACUGAAUGGCCAUCAUUGAAAAAAUUGGAGGUGCAUGGAUGUGACCAAGUGCAGAUAUUUGCUUCAGAAUUUUCGAGCUUCCAAAGAACUAAUGGAGAUGACCAAAUUGGAAUUGGGAUCAACUGUCCUCUUUUCUCAGUUAACAAGGCCACAUUCCCUUGUCUAGAAGAACUGGAAUUGAAUAAGAAUGAUGUUAUGAAGGAGAUAUGGCAUGGACAAUAUCCAGGGGAUUAUUUUCCCAAACUAAAAGUACUUAAACUCACCGAAUUACCUGAGCAAUCAGUUGUCCACCCUUUCCUCUUUCAGUCACCGAAUCUUGAAAAGCUUGUUGUGAGUGAAGCUUCCUUUCUUGAACCAUUCCACUGCCAAGGACUUGGUGAUAAGGAAGAACCUGCACUUGCAGUUACUGAGUCAAGUGAAUUAAGGUUAUCUGAACUUUUGGAAUCAGUUUUCUAUAACCUGAAAACUCUGGAAGUGUUACAGUGUAGCAACUUAAAGAAUUUAGUGCCAUCCUUUGUAUCUUUCAAGAAUUUGACAACUUUGGAAGUAUCUGCAUGUCAUGAACUCAUAAAUUUAAUUGAAUACUCAACAGCGAAAAGCAUGGUGCAACUCACAAAAAUGAGUAUAAGUAAAUGUCAAAUGCUAAAAGAAAUUGUGGCGUGUGUGGAUGAAGAAGUUAAGGAUGGCAUUGUCUUCAUCCAACUCAAGUAUUUGCUACUUCGUGGUCUACCAAGACUAGCAAGCUUUUGCUCAGGGAAUUGUGGCUUUGAAUUUGCGUCUUUGGAAGAUGUAAUUGUGAUGGGUUGCCCAAAUAUGCGGAUCUUCUCUCAAGGGGAAUGCAGCACCACUAAUAAACUGCAAAAAGUGAAAUUGACUGUGGAUGAAGAUGAAGGGUUCUGGGAAGGCAACCUUAACUCCACCAUGAAAAAGAUAUUCACAGAAAAGGUAUGCAUUAAUUCAAAAUAUUUCCUUUUGUUUUCUACCUUAAUUUCCAAGUUUUAUGUAUUACUCGUAGCCCUUUGUUUGUUAAAAUGUAAAUUUUGCCAACAAUAAGUAUAUGAAGUAGCAAAAUUGUAAUGAUGAAGAAGAGGAUGCUACUCACUUGUUCUUAAAUUGCAAAAUUGCAAGGUGGGUAUGGAAGGCUUGCUCUACUCGGGAGGAAUACCAGUGGAGCGAAAAAUAGAGAAGGCAUGGAUAGCAUCUGGAAAACAGCCGUUUGGUCCAUUUGGAUUGCUAGAAACCAGAAAAUCUUCCAUUGUAAAGAGGUAAAUCCUGAUACACUAUUAGAACUUAUUCAAAUUAGAUCUUUCUGGUGGAUCAAAGCAAGAAAGGAUUGGGCCACUGUUUCUUUCUCAGAUUGGUUGAUUGAUCCAGUUGCAUGCAUGUUUCAAAACUUGAUAUAGUGGGCGAACAGUGCCUAAUUAGGGGGCUUCUCCUUAUGUUUCUGGUAUGUAAAAUUAGGAGAUGGUGUUAUUUAUGGGUUUGAAUACCCCUUGUACUCUAUAUUCUCAAUAAAACUUUGCCGUUCAA